UACCCUCCGUGAGACAACUGCACCUGCUGCCUUCAAUCACAUUAGUUAUGUAUUCCCAAGGGUGGGGCAUUGCUUCUGCAGCCAAAUUAACAGCUCAAGCAUACACACAUUAAGAAAAUUGUAUGUAGAGCUGUUACACUUUUGAUCAAUACAUUAUUAACACAAUCAUACUGAGUGUAAUACACAUAAAAUGCAUUUGUAUAUGUGCUGAAGCAUUUUAACUACCAGGACUUUCUAAUUUGUUUCCCUGCUCUAGUGAUUCCCUAAAUGCCCGUGUCCUCUUACAGCUAUACUUAUUUAUAUCUGUGGGGUGUGUGAGUAGGGGGCAUGAGUCAGACUGGUGGCUCUCUGGCAGAACAGAUCAGGACAGUCAGUCUUUCUCAGUCUCACAGGCUUGUAAAUCUCUUGCUUACUGGCAUUAAUGUGUAGCUAAUGACUUAGCUUCUCUUUAACCAUCAGUAGUUGUUUUGAGUGUGUGUACAAAUUUGUCAGAAAUGGAGAAGAGUAGAGACAUAGUACUUGGCAUUGAAGAUGAAUCUGGACAGCCAGUGUCUGCCCUGUCCAUCCUGUCUCUUUUGGAACGUGUCUCCACUAUCAUUGAUGGUGUGCAAGCCAGCCAGCAGCGAAUGGAAGAACGCCAACAUCAGCUAGAGACAUCUGUUGCUACAGUCCAAUCAGAGUUGCUUAAACUGGUCCAGAACCAUGGUGCCACAGCAACCACCGUGGACAAGUUGCUGCAGAAGGCCCGGCGUGUAAGUGCUCAUGUGAAGGAGGUGCGUUCACGUGUGGAGAAGCAGAAUGUCCGUGUGAAAAAAGUGGAGACCACGCAAGAUGAACUUCUCACGAGGAACAAGUUCAGAGUGGUCAUUUUUCAGGGUGAGGCUGAGGUUCCAUCAGUGGCUGUGACAAAAACCCCUAAGGAUGCAGGUUUGGCCAAUGUUGAGGUGGAGCCGGAUGAUUAUGAAAUCCCUCCAGACCUCUCAUCCGAUGAGGAGUAUAUGGUUGUGGAAGAGGCAGAGUCAUCAAGAGCAGCACGGCUGAAGCAGUCAGGUUUGAAAGGGAUAGACAACAUCAGAGCAGCUUUCUCCAAAGAGAACAUGAGUAAGACCCGUUUUCGAACACGGGAGAACCUCAACAAGACUAAGGAGAGCCUAAGCAAGACAGGACAGACUUUGGGCACAAAGAUCAACACCCUGGGUGAAAAGAUAAUUCCUCUUGAGCAGCGGGAGAAGAUGCGUCAGAGUGGAGAGAGGCUGAAGGAAAACAUUGCGAAGAAAGCUCCCACCAUCAAACUAAAGAAAGAGCGUGCUGUUGCUGAGGGCCAGGAGGGUGCUGAGGCAGAGCCUGCAGUUACUCCACCAAAAGGCAAGAAGAUAACCUCAGAAGUUACCUAUUCAGAGGUUGUUACAGAAAUCAAACGGGAAGGGCCUGUAUCCGAGGAACAAGCCACCCGUAUUCCAGAGGAAGUAAAGUGUGGGUUGGCCAUUGAAACACCAGAGAAGUAAAAGAAAUAUUAGAGAGGAAUAGAGAAGAGUAUGAGAGAAAGCUAAAAAAAAAAAUUAAAAAGAAAGUUUAUCAUAAAUAAAUAAUAUUGGUCUGAAUGUGUGUGUGGAUAUAAAAUUCUAAUUUAAAGUGAAUCAUGACUGAGAACUCCCAGACUAAGUAUCAGGAUGGCAAAUCUACUCAGUGAGUAAUAAGGACUACACAGCAUUUUUGAGAAUGAAAGUCAUACCGGUAAUGCUAUCUGUGUAAUUCUGUGUUUAGGAAACUGGAAAACAAAGCAAGUGUCCAACAUAUUGUUUAAUAACACACAGGUUGUAUGUGCUUGUGAAAUAGAUUUACUGGCGUAGAAAAAGCACUAGAAUAUUCAGAACGGUGACCUCACCUAUCUGGUAGUGGGGAACACUAGUUAUUGGGCCAUAUUCUUUUAAAUAUGUAGAUUUAAAAAAUAAAAUCUUAUUUGGGAACAUUUGAUUCUGUGCAGAACCUUGAUAAUCUCUGUGUGUGUAUGUCAUAGAGUGCAUGUACAUUUGGAGGAAUAUUUGACUAGUAAUAUACUAAAAAAAGAUUACUUGAAAUAAAUGAACAGCUGGG